CAAGAAACGAAAACAAGGUGCAUGAAGCGGCUUUGCUACGUUUUGCAAACUAUUUGCUGGGCAACACGAAUCGGCUGCAACUUCUCAGCAAUAUAGGAAAUAAAUCACAAUUUUUUCAUCCAUACUGCAGAGGUGAUGCAGCUGUCGGUCAGCGGUAUCCCACAGUGAAACAGAGGGAUGCCUCCAGCAGAGAGCAGCCAUGCCCAGCGCGUCCUCUCCUCCCUGAACCAGCAGAGAGCGGUGGGCAGGUUCUGUGAUGCAGUGUUGAAUGUGGGAGGGGGGGUGGUCUACCUAGCCCACCGCAGCAUCCUGGCCUGCUUCAGUGACCUCUUCCAGCAGUCCAACAUGGCCUCUGCACCCUGCAUGGAGUUCUGCCUGCAGGAGUGCCCCAAAGACGGCCUGGAGCUGCUGCUGAACUUCCUCUACACCGGGGAGCUGAAGCUGGAGGCUGACAACCUGGAGAAGGUUCAGCAUGCAGCCGCCAGCCUGGGCGUUCCUGAAGCUCUCUCCCUGUGUCAGCAGUUCAAGGAGAACCCUGCUGAUUCCCAGCCUUUCAAACGUAAAAGAGGCCGACCCAGGAAGUCCACAUCCGGAGAUACGACCCCCAAUGUUCCAGUCAAAGAAGAGAACCUGCUCACAAUCACAAAAGUUGAGUCCAGCUUUGAUGCUACCACGGCUGAUUUAAGCAUGACCUCUGGAGCUGCUACCACCACCACUCGCUCUGGUCGUGUGGUGAAGGGCCCCCGGCGACUUGUGACCGAUGACAGCCAAACCACUGAUUUCACAGACCAGGAAAAAGGCGAUAAAAUGGCUCCACUUGGCCCCAACGAGGCAGAAAGUGGUGUCGAUGCCGUGGAGAGCCAAAACCCAGAUCAGCUGACUGGUGAAACUGAGGUAUCUGACUUGCAGAUUGACUUAAAUGACAACAUUGUUAACCAGGGGAUGGAGGAAGUAGAAGAAGAAGAUGAUGUGGGGGAUUUUGAGGCGAUCACUGAAGACACAGAUGAAGAGUAUGUUCCCGUCGAAGAGCCCGGUUCCUUAUCCCCGUCCACUUCAACGGCACAGAAGCGCAAGGCUCAGAGUAAAACGGACAAAAGUGAGAAUGGAGAGGCCGUGGAGGAAGACUCCAAAAAGGACUGUGUGCUGUGUCCCAUCUGUAACAAAUCCUUCAGGAGCAAAUACUACCUUAAAGUCCACAACAGGCGACACACAGGCGAGCGACCCUUUGGUUGCGCUAAAUGUGGAAAGAGAUACUUCAGGAAGGAGAAUCUGUCGCUUCAUGAGAUGAAAGACUGUGCUAAAGUGCAGACGUACACGUGCGUGACAUGCUCCUCCACGUUCAACGGGAAAGUAGAGCUGCGUUUGCACGUUGUGUCCCACACGGGGAAUAUGCCCCACAAGUGUUCAUCGUGUCCUGAACAGUUUAUGCACAAGAAAAACUUGACGAUUCACAUGAUGAAGGUCCAUGGUCAUCCCAAACCACAUGCAUGUUCCCAGUGCCCCAAAACCUUCCUAACUCGGACGGAGCUGCGUGUGCACGAAGCAGCCAAACAUCGAGGGGAGAAGCCGUUUGUGUGUGAGGAGUGUGGCCAUCGAGCGUCCAGUCGAAACGGCCUGCAGAUGCAUAUCAAAGCCAUUCACAGGAAUGAGCGGCCUUUUGUAUGUACCCUGUGUGGCCAUGCAUUCUCCCAGAAGAACAAUCUGAACAUGCAUCUGCGUAUACACAGCGGUGAGAGGCCUUACCAGUGUCAUCUCUGUGGGAAAACCUUCAGGACUCAAGCCAGUCUAGAUAAACACCAGCGGACACACACUGGUGAGCGUCCGUUCAGCUGUGAUGUGUGUGAGCAGCGAUUCACAGAGAAAGGCGCGCUCGUCCGUCACAAGGCCAGCAAACACGAGGAGGGUCGACCCCACUGCUGUCAAAUCUGUGGCAAGACCUUCAAAGCGAGGGAGCAGCUGCGUGUUCACCUGCGUCGCCACAAGGGCAUGAGGAAAUUUGAGUGCAUUGACUGCGGCUACAAGUUCACUCGACAGGCACACUUGCGACGGCACACUCAAAUCCACAAACGCACUGAGAACUACAACCCCCGGCAGAGGAAGCUGAGGAACCUGGUGGUGCAGGACGUGGAGGGAAGUCCUGAUGAGGACUCUCUGAUGGCCGGGAAGACCAAUUACAUCCCAGAGGCAACCGCUGACGUCCAGGAACCCACAAACCCAGAGCCAGGAGCUCUCGUAGUGGGGGUGGUGAUGGAGUCGAGCGUCCCUGUGAUGGAGGAGGCGUCCAAUCAGAACCUGGGACAUGUCGGGGUGGCGGAGAGCUUCUCUGUGCCAGAAGUGUUGCAGCAAACACAGCUGGACACAGAGGCGUUCGAGUCCACGAUAAAUACAGAGAACGUUUGAGAACAUACCCCUCAGAGUUUGUUUGUUUGUAGCCUUUAUUUAACCAGGUUAAAAAAUCCCAUUGAGAUCAACGAUCUCUUUUUCAAGGGAGACCUGCAGAGUUGAAGUCACUGUGAAGACCAUUUCCUAAUGAGAAGCACUUACUGUACAU